ACUAAAAGGACUUAAAAUAUAUGUUGUUUUUUUCCCCCAUCAGAAUCUAACACAUACAAUAACGAUGUCCUCCGGAUUGUGAUGGUGGGGAAGACCGGUGUUGGGAAGAGCGCCUCAGGAAACACCAUUCUGGGAAAAGAGCACUUUGAAUCAAAGUGCUCUCCUGAUUCUCUGACUGUUACCUGUGCUAAGGCCUUUGGUGAAGUGGAUGGACAGAGAGUUGCUGUCAUUGACACUCCGGGUCUGUCUGACUCCAGGUUUGAUGCAGAGGAGACCAGAGGCAGGAUUAACCAGAGCAUUGCUUAUGCUUCUCCUGGACCCCAUGUCUUCCUGGUCGUCAUCAGACUGGGCAGAUUCAAAGAUGAAGAAAUACAGUCGGUGCAGAAGAUUCAGGAAAUCUUUGGAGAGGAAGCAGACAGAUACAGCAUGGUUCUCUUUACCUACGGUGAUCUGCUCAAAGGAACACCUAUCGAAGAGUUCUGGAAGGAAAGUGGAGAUCUGCAGGAACUUGUGGGGAAAUGUAAUGGGCAGUACCACGUCUUCAAUAAUAAGGUGGAGGAUCGUUCUCAAGUCAGAGAGCUGCUCGACAAGAUCAGAAACAUAACAGAGAAGAACGGAGGAAGCCAUUACACCAAUGAGAUGUUCCAGAAGGUAGAGAGGUUCAUAGAAG